UCUGGGUGAGAUCUGUGGGGCUCUGAGCUCCAUCUCUCUGCCAUGUAACUGCUUUCACAGACCUCCACUGGAUUUAGAUUAGAGAAUGACUCCUUGGGAAAACUCAGAAGAUAAUUUUGUUAAAAAAUAAUCUAUGGAGAUACAGUUCUCGGAAUUAUUUCCAAGUGCUGACAGAAAAAUUCUUCUGUCACCAGAAUGACUUUUUGUUCUAAGUUUCUUUUGCACAUCUCAGUGCCUAACUGCAGUUGAGUGACACACUUAAAAAAAGAGACAUGAUGGGUUUCUAAUGUGACAUACUUCUAGUUACUCUGUUUCCUAAAUUCCACGUGUGUAACAGGGUUAUUGGUAAUAUAUAACAUAGAUUGCUUACGUGUAAAUCUGCUGAUAGCCAAAGAGAGAGGGAAAUAGAUGAAAAACGAGUCCCAACCCUUAAAGACCAGAAACCACCUUACCUUCUGAAGUCAUUCAAUAGGAGGAGUCAUGAAUUGCAGAAGCUUGAAUACGGCUUUGCUCUCUGCUUCCUACUCUACGUGUCACUUACUUCAUUAGUGGCAUUCAAUUAGGUUAGAACUCUUAGCAUACUGGACUUGAUUUGCCACUUGUCUGUGGUAUUACAUAUUGCUUUUCUCCAUUUCAACAUGCUGAAAUUGUGUUUCUUCAUCUGUUUGAUAUACUGGGUGGAAUCAGAUGAGGUGAAAAAAUGUCCUGAAUUUACAGAUCUUAAUAUAGGCAAUGCUUUGUCUGGAACAGAACUCCAAGUCCAGCUACUGUUAUACACAAGGGGAAAUCCAAACUGUUCUGAGAGACUCAUUGAACACAAUGUUACUGCAUCUGAGUACCUUAAUACCUCCAAGAAAAUUGUCUUUGUUAUUCAUGGCUUCAGACCAACAGGAUCACCACCAGUAUGGCUAGGUGACAUAAAGGAGCUUUUACUGUCUUCAGAGGAUAUUAAUCUCAUCAUAGUUGACUGGAAUCGUGGUGCUACAACUGUGAAUUAUGUAACUGCUGUUGAAAACUGCAGAAAAGUUGCAGAAAUACUGAAGAACUAUGUUGACCAGAUGCUGGUGGAUGGAACUUCUCUUGACUCUAUAUAUAUGAUUGGAGUUAGUCUUGGGGCGCAUAUAGCUGGUUUUGUUGGCCAGAAGUAUAAUGGCAAACUUGGUAGAAUUACAGGUCUUGAUCCAGCGGGCCCUUUGUUCACUCGAGAACCACCAGAGGGGAGACUGGAUCAUACUGAUGCACAGUUUGUUGAUGUAAUCCAUUCAGAUACUGAUGCUCUAGGUUUCAAGAAACCUUUAGGAACCAUUGAUUUCUAUCCAAAUGGAGGAAUGGAUCAGCCUGGUUGUCCACAAACAGUAUUUGGUGGAAUUAAUUAUUUUAAGUGUGACCAUCAAAGAUCUGUCUUCCUCUUCUUAUCAUCUUUGAAAAGAAGGUGUGACAUAAUAACAUAUCCUUGUGACUCUUACUUGGAUUACAAGAGAGGAAAAUGUGCUGAUUGUGAAGCUUUCCAGCCAAUGUCCUGUCCAGUACUGGGUUUUUAUGCUGAUAGAUGGAAAAAAACAUUAAUCUCGAAGAGUUCACCAAUGAAAGCUUAUUUUGAUACUUCAGACCAAGACCCAUUCUGCAUGUAUAACUACUUACUGGAUAUUACUACCUGGAAUAAAGGCAUUAGGAGAGGUUUCAUUAAGGUUAAAAUAACAGAUUAUGCUGGAAACAUAGUAGAAUCAGUGAUGAAUAGUGAAGCUUCGACAUUUCAGCAAUAUAAAAGAGUCAAAAUGCUAACUGGAUUUUACCAAGACCUUGACAAGAUAUCAAAAAUUUCCCUGACCUUUACUACGAAGACUUUAAUAGGCCCAAAAUACAAGCUUAGGAUUCUCCAGAUGAGGCUGAAAUCUCUUAAUAAUCCAGAAAGGCUGCAGCUGUGCAGGUAUGAUUUUGUACUGAUGGAGAACACUGAACUGACCUUCAAACCUAUCCCUUGCCCAGAGAGAGGUAUGUGAAGAGAGAGCUUCUACUAACUUAAUUUCUUGUACAGCAGUGACAUUUUGAUUCUUCCUCGGGAUAAAGACUUCAAUGAGAAAGAAAAUGAGAUAAUUUAGAUGUAUUUUCAAGAGUCUACCUGGUAACAUGCAUUACUUGCUUUGAGUGCCUUAGGGUGAAAUGAAUAGAAAAGUUCAGAUAUCCAUGUAUUUGAGAAAUUUGAAUAAAGUAAAUGUAUUGUGGUGGAGAACA